UCAGCUGUGUGACUUGGUUGCGAGCACUUCACAAGGACUUGCAACGAACAGUCGAGGUAAGUGUGGCAACACUGUGUAAUGAGUUACAAAACUGAUAAAGGGUGUCUCAGCUGGGGGACAUGAACACCCACACCACUGUUUUCUACUUGAUGUAACAUAACCGGAGUCCGUGUCUGCGCAGAAUCAUGGAAAAAAAAGCUGUUGAGUCUGGCCUCACGUGGGAGGUGAGGGCAAACAGCCGCCACUACCACACACACAAACAGAAGAAGUCCUUUCUGUGCUUCCGCUGGGGGCGAUACGCAGACAAUAUAGUGCGCAGUUACAAGUACUCCCCCCUGACUUUCUUGCCCCUGACACUGUUUGAACAGUUCCAUAGAGCAGCUAAUCUCUACUUCCUCCUCAUGGUGGUACUGCAGUGUGUCCCUGCCAUCUCAUCGAUACCCUGGUACAUUACCAUGAUCCCUCUGCUACUCGUGCUUUCUGUGAGGGGGGUCAAAGAUCUCGUCAAUGACAUGGCAAGAAGACGCUGUGACUCUGAGAUUAACUCCCGACCCUGUGACAUACUCAUCUCACAGAGUUUUAACACGGCACAGUGGAAAGAUCUCUGUGUGGGAGAAGUGCUGCGGAUCCACAAAGACCAAAUCAUUCCUGCAGACCUUCUCCUUCUCUGCAGUUCAGAGCCUCACAGUCUGUGUUAUGUGGAAACAGCUGAUAUUGAUGGAGAGAGCAACCUCAAGUACCGGCAGGCACUGAGCGCUACACACGAUGAGCUGACCUCUCACCCCUCAGAGGAGGCCCUUGGUGCCUUUAAUGGUGUUGUGCUCUGUGAGGAACCCAAUAACCGCCUGUACACCUUCAGAGGUCAGCUGCUGUGGCAAGGAGAGAAUUUUCAUCUGGACAAUGAGCACAUCCUCCUGAGAGGAACAGUCCUACGCAACACAGACUUUGCCUACGGCCUGACCAUAUACACUGGCACAGACACAAAAAUCCUGAGGAACUGCGGAGAACUGAAAGUAAAGACGACUCAGAUGGAGAAAGUUUUCAACAGAGUGGUGAUUGGGAUUGUCCUGUCUGUGCUGCUGGCAGCUCUGCUCCUUGCCAUCGGCAGUGGUGUGUUUUCCAGUCAGGUCAUGAGGCAGACGGGAGCUUUGUCUGCUCUGGUGGUUAAUGGCAAUCCAGUUUACACGGCAUUCCUCGUCUACUGGAGCUACAUCAUCCUUCUCAGCCCAGCUAUGCCCAUAGCACUCUACAUAUCGUUUGAGGUGAUUCACACGAUCCACAGCAAGUUUAUUGGCUGGGAUAUGGAAAUGUAUUGGCAGCAGGCAGACAAACCAGCCCAGGCCAGGAAUACCUCACUGAAUGAAGAGCUUGGCCAAGUGGGUUACUUGCUGAGUGACAAAACUGGGACACUAACCCAGAAUCGCUUACUCUUCAGACAAUGCUGCAUAGCUGGGGAGAUCUUUGGUGAUGCCUCAGUCAGAGCAGAGGAUGUAAAGCCCAUGGAUUUAAGCUGGAAUCCGUUUUCCUGUGGUGGAUUACACAUGUCAGCUCCCAGUCUUGUGGAGAAAAUCAGAGGACAGCAGUGUCCACACACCAGGCAGUUCGUCACUGCUCUGGCUUUAUGUCACACUGUCAUGGCAGAGUGGAAGGGAGACACUCCAGUUUACCAGGCUGCAUCCCCAGAUGAGGAAGCUCUUGUUGGUGCCGCCAGAGAGUUGGGCUGGGUCUUUCUCUACAGGACUAGAGAUUCUAUUGUUGUCUCAGAGCUAGGCAUCACUUGCACAUAUCAGCUACUGGCAUUGCUGGACUUUACCAGCAAAAGGAGACGCAUGUCAGUUCUUGUGCGAGAGCCAGAUGGUGGGUUAAAGCUGUACUGUAAAGGGGCAGAUAUAGUGAUCCUGGAACGACUGCAGAAGGACAAUCCAUAUCAGGAAAGCACUGAAAGAGCUCUGGAGUUUUUCGCAGAGGCCUGUCUGAGGACACUGUGUAUUGCGGUUCGAUCUGUUCCUGAAGCAUCAUGGGAGCAGUGGAGUAAAACUCUUGCUCUGUCUGCUGCCAUGGCGACCUGUGAGCGUGACACACUGCUGGAAAAGCAAUAUGAUGAGAUGGAGAGAGACUUGCAGCUUCUAGGGGUGACAGCAAUAGAGGACCGACUACAGGACGGAGUUCCUGAGACUAUAGCUCUUCUGCAAGAAGCUGGGGUUAAAGUAUGGGUGCUGACCGGAGACAAAAAAGAGACUGCUGUGAAUAUUGGAUACUCUUGCAAACUACUGGAUCCUGAUGCCAAAUUAUUAGAAUGGCAGGAGCUAAGACAGAUACUCCAGUCACCAGACCCACAGGUCAGUUUCUGUAAGAUCAGCCAGACAGAGCUAUGGGCUACACAGAGGGAGACGGCAACGGCAAAGACCUCUGUGGUUCUCACCGGACCUGAGCUGGCAGAGUUUGAGCAGCAACCAGAGUGGGGGGCUUCGUUCAUGAGCCUGGCUGAACAGUGUCAGUCAGUGUUGUGCUGUCGUGUAACACCUGCACAGAAGGCGGAGGUUGUCAAAUUGGUCAGGAAACACACCAGCUCAGUCACCAUGUCCAUUGGUGAUGGUGCUAACGAUGUAAAUAUGAUCAAAACAGCUCACAUUGGAGUGGGAGUGUAUGGAGUAGAAGGAGGUCAAGCAGUGCAGAACUCAGACUUUGCCGUGUCCCAAUUCAGGUUUUUGCAGAGGCUGCUACUUGUCCAUGGCCGCUGGUCCUAUCGCCGUAUUUCCCUCUUCCUGCGAUACUUCCUGUUUAAGACCUGUGGUUUUGCUCUUGUGCAUGUUUGGUUUGGCUGCUUUAAUGGCUUCAGUGCUCAGUCUCUGUAUGAGACAUGGUUCAUUGCCCUCUACACUGCCUUCUACUCAGCGUCACCAGUUUUGUGCAUGGCCAUUUUUGAACAGGAUGUGAGCGCAGAAACCAGCCUGAAAUUACCUGAACUGUACAAGUGUGGGCAGAGACGGGAACUCUCCAGCCCUAUGAAGUUGUCUUUGAGUCUCCUGUACGCUGUCUAUACAUCACUCAUCCUCUUCUUCAUCCCGUUUGGAGUUUUCUAUGACACAGCCUUUGACUACCAGAUCAUGGCAGUCACUGUUGCCAUGGCCGCCACCUUCACUGUCACGAUUGAGAUUGUGCUGUUGAUCAAAUACUGGACCAAAUUCAGUAUAGCAGCUGUAUGCAUCUCUGUGGUGAUGUUCUUCAUCUGCAGCAGGAUCACCCACAGCCCCCGCCUUUUUGAGAGAUCACCUAGUGACUAUUACUUUAUAGGUGCGUCCGACAAGGCCUUCAUUGAUCCAGUUGUGUGGCUCACCGCUUUGCUCACUGCCUGGACAGCUGUUUUGCCCUCGUUCACUUCUCAUGCCCUCAAUAUCAUUCUUAGUGUCCAUGACAAACACAAGGUCCACAGCACAUCCCCUCAACCAGUGGAGCUGAGGUCAAAGUUCAGAAGAGGUACAUCUCUCCGCCGAUCCUCUUAUGCCAUCUCUCAGGGAGCACGGCCUGGGCGUAUCAUUUCCUCAGCAACUUGCAUCCACAACACAGCACUGCAGAUGGAUGAGAAGGUGACAGCAAGUCCCAACCCAAGUGACUCACAGGGCCAAUGUCGGUACUAAAUGCAUCUGUCAUUAUUAAUGCAUGGAUAGUGAUUAAACAUUAAGUUGAAAAUACAUGAUUAUAUUGUUUGCUUCAUGCUACAUUCAUGCUUUUUAACAUAAUUUUUAGGCUAUUCCUAAUUAAACAAGCGUACUGUACUGGCUACUAUUUUCUA